GUUUUCAGGCGAUCAUACACACAAACAUUAGACCUACCGCAUAAUGGAGUUGUAGCACGUUCGUUGGAUAGCGUUGGGCCGUUCAUGCGAGUGCGGAUCGCUCUUUUUCGAUCUCGCACAUACCGGCAUUGCGCAACCUGAGUCCGCGGCCUUUGAGCGGGUGGUUGGACAUAUCAGCGGCAAGAUGCCCGCGAUCGAUGUGGCGAUGGAGAGGAGUUUGAGGAGGGGGUUUCUGGAUUUGGUGGUAGCCAGUUUACGGCCAGCCCUUGGCCGGAGGGACCUAGCAGGACAGCUCACAGACGUCAAAACGGCCUUCUCCAGCUGGGACAAUUGUAUGCAGGUCACCUAUUGCAAGUGGCCUGUCAUUGCGGUAAUAAUCAUUGGCGGCUUAAUCAUCUUCUCUGUGAUUUGGUGCAUCAUCCGUUGCGCCUGCUGCGGCUUGUCUUGCUGCUGUUCAUGCUUCUCUUGCCUCAAGUGCUGCGGCAACUGCUGCGGUUGCUGUGAUCCGCCAAGGGGCAGCCGACGCAAAUAUCUCGACGAGCCAUACAUACCCCCACACCAUGGCCAGGGAUAUAAAUCGCAAGAGCCCAUGCACACGGGUUUUGGCACCGCGGCAGUACCGGCGGCGAGCAAGGAGCCAGACUUCCCACAGUAUGCCGAGUUUGACGUGAGCGGCAAGAAGAACGAAGAUGCUCUACCAGAGAUGCCCAGCUGGGAGGGAGCCGAGCGCAAGAAAGUUCUUCUCGAAGAGGAAGAAGCGGUCGAGAUGGACGCGCUCAAGAAGCCCGAAGCUGGUGGGCAGGUUGCUGGUGCCGGCGCAAUGGGCAGAGCUGCCACGGGGCUGGCGACAUCUCCGACCGGGUCACGAUCACCAGUCAACCGCAGUCCGUAUGGGCCACCAGGUCCUGCCUCCGGAUCCAAUGGGUACUAUGGUGUAUCUGGAAACGAUCCAUACGCGCAAGGAGCGCCGGGAUAUAAUCAGCCAGGCAUCGCUUACAACGAGUCGGGACCAGGAUACGGUGCGGCAGGCGGAGCAGCGGGCCCACGGUCGCCGCACGCUUUCGAUAUUGGCGGGUACAGUGACCCGUACAGCAACGCAGGCCACGGACAGGUCUACAACUACCCAACCGGGCAAGGCAGCUAUGGCAACUACGGAGCCGCGGCGCACCAGCAACCAUACGACAACUACGACGGCUACAGCUCCCAAACAAACCAAGGCUACGGCAUCGCCCGCCAAAACACCCCCCACGAAAUGGACGCCACCCCUUACGGUGCUAACCCACCUCGAUCACCCGGGCUGCAAGGGCCAUACGGUGCUUCAUACGGCGCGGAAUCGAGACGCUCUCCUGUCCCGCAAGGCCAGUACGGCUCCGCGCCGUACCCGGCUGACGCUCGACGAUCGCCCGCACCUCAGGGCGACUAUGCGAGGCGGUCACCAGCACCCCAGGCCGACUACGGCAAUAGUGGCAGCAGCUACAACAAUAACACGGGGUACGGCUCAUCCCGAGCGCCGCCCCGGCGUGAGUACUCCACCAACAGCAACAGCAACGGCAUAAGCUCUCCCACGCCUCUGCGGAGUGAAGCCGGGUUCAACUUUAGCUCCGGUGGUUAUAGCCGCCCGCCUCCUGCGCCGGCAAGUCCCGUGAAUGGGGGAGGCGGUUAUCGCCAGCCGAGUCCGGCUGCUGAGAAUCAGGGACAGCGCACCGGCGGGUAUCCGGGGUACAGAGCGUACCAGCAGUGAUCAGGGUAGGGGUGUAUGGGAUUGGAUGGGUGGAUUCGGGAUUUUGAUGACUAUAGUCUUGCUUAACCACGGCGUUUGGCCCGGCUACUUCCUUUUUCUUCCUCUCGUUUUCG